AUGUUCAGCCAAAUUAAACAGCGCUGCGAUUUGGCCAACCGUGAUCGAGAAAUUAGGGCAGCGAACGUCACGAAUCCGGGCUACUUGAAGAGUCGCAUUCCUGUUGUAAAGUUCGGUGUUCAGCUGGCAACAGACGGACGUGACUCGAUCGCACAGAUGCUUCCAGCCAUUGACUUGGCCAUUGAAAAGGUGACAACUAUGCCUGCUUAUCGCGGGGUCGUUUUCCGUGUUGUUCCUAUCCUAUACUUCGAUUGGCUAGCCUGCGAUUCAUUGGCCGUUUUAGAGAAGUUUAAUCGAAGGGAAGUUAACGUCAUAUUUGGACCCAUCAAUGAUUUUGUCCUUGGUGCAGCUGCUCGCUUUUCAACAGCCCUCUACCUCGUACCUAUUGUCUCUCCCGCUGCAUCCUCUAUCCAACUUGCGGAUAAGAAUGAGUUUGGGAUGCUAACUCGGAUGUACUUCACUUACGCCGAUCUGGAGUGGGUCAUUGCCUCCACGCUCAUCCACUUCGGCUGGAAGCCAGAAAUUAGUACACCAAUCGCAAUGAUUACAGUACAGCCUAUAACGAUUUCGGACGCUUUUAAUGCUGGCUGGGAUUCUUUUUUCCAACAACAAGCCAUCGCAACUGUACUCGUCAAUUACAAGCGUCACCGGUAUCACGUCGAGCGUGGGGUUGAUGAAAUUAGAAAUAUUUUUAAGGAACUACCCAAAGUUGCAAGAAACACAAACAAACUUGUUCUUCUCGUCCAGUUCACACGAUGCUUCACUGAUCUCUGUGCUGCAAUGGCUGAUGGUACUGCUGACAUUUCUAUCGCUGGCGGCGGCGAGGAUGUACACUUUUGCGAUCUACCCACUGAUGAGGCAGCCUAUCGAAUUGCUAUUCUUGUGCCUUUUGAUCCCACCCUUGGGGAUAUUUCCGCCGCAGCGGCACAACUUCAGGUCCACUAUCUUCAUUUCGGCCUUGCCACAGUCCCCAAGUCCAUGAAAAGCCUGGGAGAACCCAUUGGAAAACUUUCUCAGAAUGCCAAAGUAGCCACUUAUUUGGCGCCAGCCCUGGACUACGCCAUCAACCGAAUCCAAGCCCUACCCUUUGCCUCACGUCUGCCACGUCUAGAGUUUCUCUGGGGCGACACCAAGUGUGAUGUCGCAGUCACUCUCAACCUCAUAUUCCACUUUCUCAUGGACGAUCCCGUCCAUGCCUUCAUCGGUCCCGUGUGCACCUUCCCCCUCGCCUCCGCAGCGCGCAUUGUUGGAGCCCGGUUUAAGCGGCCCCUAGUCACAUUCGGUGGUUUUGAGAUUGAUCUCGCUGACAAGACCCGCUACCCACAGCUCACCCGUCUGGGUGGCCAUCAUGGAUCCCUGAACGGUUUCCUCUACACCGUAUUCACGCACUUUGGCUGGGAGCCACGAGCGCACAAGAAUAUUGCACUGUUACACGUGCGAGUAGACGAGACCACGGCUGAUCUGGAGGGUGUCAGUCCACAGAUUGUUGCUGCCGCUGCGUCGGCGUUCUUUGUUGCUAAGGCGAUUCUUUCCGGUGGAGGGUUGGGUGGAUUUCGAGUGGAGGGAGUGAUCACUGAUCACAAUAAUGUGGAGGAUAUGCGACAACGCAUGAAGCAAAUCUCCUCCUAUGGACGUGUUGUGAUCCUUUGUGCCGAUCCCGACGCAGUUCGACAGUUAAUGCUCAUCGCCUACGAAUUGGGCUUCAUCAACGGAGAAUACGUCUUCAUUAACAUUGAUCUACUCAGCAGUUCGGAGCAGCAGGCACGCCCCUGGUUCCGUCUGAACGCACCGGCCGAGGAGAACAAACGGGCGCGGGAGGCCUACCGGGUGUUGAUGACAGUCACUCUGCGCAAACCCGACAGCGAGGAGUACCUCAAGUUUGCCCACGAGGUCCAGCGGCGCGCCAAAAAUGACUACAACUACUCCUAUGCUUCCAACGAGAUAAACCCCUUCAUUGGAGCCUUUCACGAUGCAGUUCUGCUGUACACCCUGGCUUUAAAGGACACCAUGGACAGCGGAGGAAGCAUCUCCAACGGCACGAUGCUCACCUACUACAUGCGGAAUCGCACUUUUCAGGGGAUUGCUGGGAACGUGAGUGUCGACAUAAACGGUGACAGAAAUGCCGACUAUUCGCUUCUUGAUAUGAACCCCAAAACGGGCGUUUUUGAGGUGGUUGGAAACUACUUCGGUAACGCAAAGAAGUACGCACCCGUCCACACGAAGACUAUCGAUUGGGCAAACGAAGAGAACGCGCCUCCUCCUGACACUCCUCCCUGCGGGUUCGACGGAACACGCUGCAGCAAUACAAAUUGUCUAGUGGGCAUACGGAAAGAGGCACUGAAUUUUCAUGCUGUGAUUUCUCUUUUGUGUGUUCUUUUGGCUCCACCAGAUAUUCUUCGAAUCAGCAUCGGGGUGACCGUGACUCUCGUCAUUUUCGUUCUCGGUACCAUCAUUGGUGGUGUUUUCAUGUACAGACGAGCUCGUUUCAAGGCGGAACUGCGUGCCAUGAACUGGAUCAUUCCCUGGGAAGCUUUAGACCCUUCCAGCAACCGAACCCGUCAUCAUCGCCGAAACUCUAUCGGCUACGUCAAUCAGAAAUCCGCUGCCGUUAAUCGUGGCAACGCCGUCGCUGCCUCUGGUGUCACUGUAGAAACCAACGCUGCACCUGCCACCCCUAAUUCUGGAGACAAGGCUGUGGUGUUCGAGGUGGACACGCCGUCAGCCACCUCGCCAGAACGACAAUUUCUUCUUGCAGCGGAUGAAGAAGGAGAGCUGGAUCUGGACAUUGAAAAGGGUCCUGUCGAGGACAACGCAUCCAUUGUCGCCGAUGCCACCUCCCACCUUCCUCACCCACCCUCAACCCAAAGCUCCAAAGUAACUUUCGGUUCCCCCACUACGCUGCAAUUGAAGCAGCAACAGCAGCAACAGAAGAAGAGAUCCUCCCAUAGUGGUGGAAUGCGCGCCAUAUUCAAGGUGAGCAGCGCGGAGUCGCAUUCAACACCGCCGACUCCACAAGCGAUGGAGGACUCAUGGGCUGGUGGCAAUAGUGGUGGGGGGAUGAGCAACUGGUGGCGUCGACAGCAGCGCUGGUCGAGAAAGAGCGAGGUGCUCAGUCAGGAGGACUCAAAUUUGGGUGCUUCUAGCAUUGGCGGCGGAGGUGUUGGGUGGAUGACGUGGUUGGGCGGAAGUGGAGUAGCCACUCACAAGAAGAGUGUUCACGACUUCCCGCCGAUGAGUGAGAAACGACGGCGGAAGGUUAGCUCGAAACGUGUGCCGCACUCAAAACCGAGGCGGAAGAAGUCGUCAUUUGCCUGGGAUGGUGGAUUCAUGAAUAACAAGUCCACGCGUCGAAGUGAAUCGAUGGGCUCUCGCGACAGUCUUUCCUCAGUCGAUACCAUCUCGGAGUCGCAAUUCGACCUCAACCAGAAUAAGCAGGUGUUCAGCUCUACUACCGUCUACAAGGGCAACGUGGUUGCGCUUAAGAACCUUCCCUACCACCGGGUCGACCUCACUAACGAACUCCUAGCUGAAGUCAACCGUGUGAAGGACCUGAACUACGACCAUAUCUGUCACUUCGUAGGUGCGUGCAUCGAACCGCAGCACCUCUGCCUUGUCUAUGAGUACUGUCCCAAAGGCAGUCUCAAGGACGUCCUAGAGGAUGAACAGAUCAAGCUGGACUGGAUGUUCAAGUUCUCCCUCAUGCAGGAUAUCUGUCGGGGUAUGAUCUACCUCCACCACAACCUGGGUCCGCACGGUAAACUGAAGAGUUCCAACUGCAUGGUGGACUCCCGCUUCUCCCUCAAGAUCACCGAUUUCGAUUUGCACCUUCUACGAGGACCACCUCCUCCACCUGAUUACUCGCCCACCUACUACCGAAGUCAACUGUGGACGGCACCGGAGUUGCUACGAGCAUACCCCAACCACGGUGAGUUUCGAGGCACCUGCAAAGGCGACGUCUACAGCUUCGCCAUCGUUUGCCAGGAGAUUAUUUAUCGCAAGGGUGUCUUCUACCGGCCCGAUAUCUCCGAACCCAAGGCUAUCGUAGAGCUGGUGAAGUUGAGUCCGCCGUUUCGACCACUGCUGGAGGUGUCGCAGGAGGAUGGGUGCACGGCGGACCUCGUGGGCCUGAUCCGGAGCGCCUGGACCGAGGAACCCUCGUUUCGACCCGACUUUACCGCCAUCAAGUUGUCCAUGCGCAAAUUCAACGAUACAACCCAAAGGUGUGCAAGAAUAACUUGCUCGGAGCUAGUCAGUGGGUCGGAAGAACGUCCUGUUCGUGCUCCCAGAGAACACACAAGGUCCCAUAUGUCAGACUACGAAAAUUAUGAGAAGGCUUUAGGAUGGGCAAAACGUCUUACAAAGAUGGAAUUCUCAAGUUAUAGUCUCUUUGGGAGGGGUGGAGAUACGGACAAUUUGUUGGAUAAUCUGCUCUCGCGUAUGGAGCAGUACGCCAACAACUUGGAGGACCUCGUGGCUGAACGCACUGAUCAAUAUCUCGUUGAGAAGAAGAAGGUGGAGGAACUCCUCUACUCCAUUCUGCCAAAAUCAGUGGCCAGCCAGCUGAUUCGAAAGCAACCAGUUGAAGCGGAGAGCUUUGAAUCCGUCACCAUAUACUUCAGCGAUAUUGUCGAAUUCACCUCUCUCUCGGCGGAUUCAACUGCCAUCCAGGUGGUAGAGCUGUUGAAUCAGUUGUACACUCUCUUCGACUCCAUCAUCGUGCGUUUCGACGUGUAUAAGGUGGAGACGAUUGGGGACGCCUAUAUGGUUGCCUCAGGCCUGCCUCAACGCAACGGCAACCAGCACGCCAAGGAGGUGGCCCGCAUGGCUAUCGAGUUCCUCAAGUCUAUGUCCACCUUUAUCAUUCCUCAUCGGCCCGACAGGGAGCUCAAGCUUCGCAUUGGCAUCCACUCCGGUCCUGUUUGCGCAGGUGUGGUGGGAGUAAAGAUGCCGCGGUACUGUCUCUUUGGUGACACUGUCAACACCUCCUCGCGCAUGGAGAGUAAUGGCGAACCCAAGCGCAUCCACAUUAGCCGUACAACCAUGUCCAUUCUGCGUACUUUUCGUACCUUCAUUAUGUCGAAACGUGGACUCGUGGAGAUGAAAGGUAAGGGCAAGAUGGAAACGUACUGGUUGCAUGGUGAAUUACGAAACAUCGUUGACCCGCCAGCGCGCGGAGUGGCUCUAGUGGACAACAGCUGCGAUCUAGUCACCGAAGCGCCCCCUACCUCUUGUGGUGGUGGUGAUGGUGGUGACAGUGGUCUACCACCUCCUCCACCCCCGGCUGUCCCCGUGUUGGCAACCACAACUCCGCCGGUGGCGACUAUUGGUGUAGACCCCCAACUCACUGCCACCACUCCUCCACCACCUUUGACAGCUACCCCCAUGACGGCGGCAGUAGCUGCAGCCAAGAUCUCCUCUUCCGCUGCCAUCCCCACCGCCAACAACUCUCCCACUUCAAAGACGGCCACGUCGCCGACAGGUCUCAUUAGGGCGAUCUGA